GUCUCGUUGCUCGGUGCGGCCGUGUCGUGUUUUGUUGCUGUUGCCAGUCCGCCGUCUGGAUUUUCGGUCGGCUCGUCGCGGCGAGAGUGCGUGCAUUCCCGGUGCUGGUCGCGACUUGCGAGAGCAGCUGGGCGUCCCGUGCGUGCGAGUGGCGCGGUCGGUGAUGUGAGAGGCCGAUGGCGGCACUCGUGGUGCUGCUGCUGGCGUGGGCCGCGCUGGGCCCCGCGGCGGCCGGGGCCGUGCGCUGCCCGGCCGAGUGCUCCUGCGUGGCCAACGUGGUCGACUGCGCGCGCCGGGGGCUGCUGCAGGUGCCCCCCGACCUGCCCACCGACGCCCACAGAAUAGACCUGCAGGGCAACAACCUGACGGUGAUCUUCGAGUCGGACUUUGACGGUCUGACCAAUCUGCGCAUUUUGAGCCUGGUCAACAACCAGAUCCACACGAUCGAGAAGGACGCCUUCCACGAUUUGGCCGCCCUCGAGCGAAUCCGGCUGAGCCACAACAGGCUGCGCCACCUGCCCGACAUGCUCUUCUCCAGCUCGCCAGACCUCCUCCGACUGGACCUGAGCCACAACCAGCUGGUCAGCGUCGGUCGGAAACUCCUCAGGGGGCUCACUUCGCUCAAAAACUUACAACUGGAGUUUAAUCAGCUUACCUGCGUCGACGAGGCAGCAAUCAAGGCCCUGAACAGCCUUGAAGUCCUGACGUUGAACAACAACAAUUUGACGUCGCUUCCGAAGGACGUGUUCGAGCCGCUCUUCCGGCUGCGCAGCCUGAAACUGAGCGACAACAACCUGAUUUGCGACUGCCACCUGUCGUGGCUGGCGCGCUGGCUCAAACGCAACCAGCAACUGGCGCCGUACGCGCGCUGCUUCGCGCCCAACCCGCUCAAGGGACAGCCCCUUGUCGAGCUGCAUGAUAAGGAGUUGAAGUGCAGCGGGCUGGUGGAGCGUCAGACGGGCGGCGAGUGCGUUGGCGAGGCGCAGUGUCCGCAUCCGUGCCGCUGCGAUCAGGGAAUCGUUGACUGCCGCGAAAAGGGUCUCGCCAGGGUGCCAACCCACCUCCCCGACGGCGUCACGGAACUGCGGCUUGAGCACAAUGCCAUUACGGAGAUCCCGGCACGCGCAUUCACCCCCUACAAACGCCUCACCCAGAUUGACCUGAGCAACAAUAAAAUCGCGAGGAUCGCACCUGACGCUUUCCAAGGGCUGAAGGGUCUUACCUCUUUGGUUUUGUACGGCAAUAAAAUCAACGAACUGCCUGCCGGUCUCUUCCACGGGCUCGGAAACCUGCAACUCCUGUUGUUGAAUGCGAACGAGAUCUCCUGCAUCCGUCAGGACGCUUUCAAAGACCUGCAUUCAUUAAGCUUGCUGUCGCUGUACGACAACAAGAUCCGUUCUCUGCGCAAUGGCACCUUCUCGUCAAUGCACAACAUCCAGGCCCUACACCUGGCGCGCAAUCCCUUCGUGUGCGACUGCCGGCUGCUGUGGCUGGCCGACUACCUGCGCAAAAACCCGAUCGAGACGUCCGGCGUGCGUUGCGACUCGCCUAAGAGGAUGCUCAGGAAGAAACUGGAGGCUAUGCAGGAGGACAAAAUGAAGUGUUCUGACGCGGCAAAGAAGGCGGUGGUGGAGGAGUGCGGCUCGGACGUGCCGUGUCCCGUCGGCUGCAGCUGUAUCGGCACCGUCGUCGACUGCUCCGGCAUGAGGCUGACCACCGUGCCCCGCGACAUCCCCCAACACACGACAGAAUUGUUGCUGCACGACAACGAGCUGGCAGAAGUUGGUGGCGACGGUCUGUUCGGCGGGCUGCCGCACCUUCGCAGGCUCGACCUGAGCAGAAACAAAAUCGGCGCCGUGGAGCCGCACGCGUUUGAAGGAUGCGCCAAGCUAAACGAACUGCUGCUUUCGUCGAACCGGCUGAGCGUGGUCAGCAAGAAGUCGUUCCAGGGGCUGAACAGCCUGAAGCACCUUGCCCUGGACAACAACCAGGUGGCGUGCGUUGCCCCCGGCGCCUUCGAACACCUCGACUCCCUCCAGACCCUGAACCUGGAAGGUAACGCGUUCAACUGCAACUGCCACCUGGCGUGGUUGGGCGAGUGGCUGCGGCGCCGCUGGGGCGCCGACGCGUCCUCCACCGGCGCAAGGUGCUCGGCGCCGCUGCGUCUGCGUGGCGCCGCGCUGGCGCAGGCGGCGUCGCACGAGUUCAAGUGCGGCGCCGAUGCUGGCGACGCCGGCUGCCUCGGCGCCGACUACUGCCCGCCGGCCUGUUCGUGCGCCGGCACCGUCGUCCGGUGUUCGCGCGCCAACCUCACCGCCGUCCCUGACAACCUUCCACCUGAGACAACUGAAUUAUACUUGGACACAAACAUGAUUACAUCUGUGGAGCCGGACAAGCUGAAACACCUGAAGCACUUGACACGCCUAGACCUGAGCAACAACAUGAUAACAGUGCUGCCAGACCACGCGUUUACUGCUCUUGCCAAGUUGGCGACUUUGAUUGUGAGUUACAACAAGCUUCAGUGCAUUGAACAGCACGCCCUGCGCGGUCUCAAAUCUUUGAGGAUUAUUUCGCUCCACGGAAAUGACAUCUCGCAGAUGCAAAACGGAACCUUUGAUGAUCUGCAUUCCCUAACGCACAUUGCUCUGGGCGCAAAUCCGUGGUACUGCGACUGCUCGUUGCGUUGGCUGUCGGACUGGAUCAAGCGGGACUUCGUGGAGCCCGGAAUCGCCAAGUGCUCGGAGCCCGCGAUGGCGCGCAGCGAGCUGCUGCUGACGGCGCCGCCAGAGCUGAUGGUCUGCUCCGGAAAGGUGGAGGCGGCCGUGCUGGCAAAGUGCGACGCCUGCUUCCGCUUCCCGUGCGCCAACGGUGGCACGUGCCGCCGCGCGCCCGGCCGCGCCUUCGAGUGCGCCUGCGCGCCGGGCUUCCACGGCCGGCGCUGCGAACACAUGAUCGACGCCUGCUUCGGACACCCCUGCCGCAACGACGGAGUCUGUCUCGUCCUCGAGGAAGGACGCUUCUCCUGCCAGUGCCCUCAGGGUUUCACUGGUGAGCGGUGCGAAAGCAACAUUGACGAGUGUUUGGCUCACAAGUGCAUAAACGGAGCCACCUGCGUGGACCUUGUCUCGGGCUACUCGUGCCUCUGCAAGCCAGGCUUCACAGGAAAGUACUGCGAGAAGAAGAUCGAUUUCUGCACCAAAGAGAUGAAUCCGUGCGCCAACGGGGCUCGCUGCGUCAACAACGGCAGCUCGUACGCGUGCGAGUGCCUGCCUGGCUUCAGCGGUGCCAACUGCACCGUGGACGUCGACGACUGCGUCAACCACAUGUGCCAGAACGGCGGCACGUGCGUCGACCACGUCUCCGGCUACUCCUGCCUCUGUCCCAAUGACUUCUCUGGACGAUAUUGCGAGGUGAGCCCGAUGGUUGCGAUGCUGUAUCCGGCAACCUCGCCGUGUCAGCAGCACGACUGCAAACACGGCAUCUGCCAUCAGCCGGACAUGACGUCGGCGGAAUACGUUUGCCGGUGUGCCUCAGGGUACUCAGGCAAGCGCUGCGAGUACCUGACCAGCGUGUCCCUGCGCCACAACGCUAGCUUCGUGGAACUGGAGCCGCUCAGCACGCGACCUUCGGCGAAUGCCACGCUGCGAUUCACCACCACUCAUCCCAGCGGCAUUUUGCUCUACAACGGCGAACAGCAGCAACACCUUGCAGUUGAGCUCUUCCACGGCAGAAUCAGGGUUAGUUUCGACGUGGGCAACCACCCCGUGUCAACCAUGUACAGUUACGAGCAGGUCGCUGACGGAAAGCCACAUAUCGCUGAGCUUCUGGUCGAGGGCAAGAACUUCACCCUUCGCGUUGACCACGGCAAGGCGCGUUCAAUCAUCAACGAAGGCGACAAGGAGUUCCUGCACCUCACCUCGCCCCUCUUCCUUGGUGGUGUUCCCUCAGAGGAGGGUCGUCUGGCGUUCCAGCAGUGGCACUUACGCAACCUGUCCAGCUUCAGCGGCUGCCUCCUCGACAUCUGGAUCAACCGGAAGCCAGUCGAUUUCGGCAACGCGGCACGAAUGCACAAGAUCACGCCAGGAUGCGCCAGCCUGCAGGACUCCUUUGAAGUGAGCGGCCUUGAGGAGCCACGAGCCCAGCCAGAAGACCUGCUCAAGGCCAAAAAGUCCAGUUUCGAGCGAAUGGCAGCCAAACUGGGAUCGUCAGGUGCCCCGUGUGACGCUCACCGCUGCCGCCAUGGCAAGUGCGUGCCCCCGAGGAGCUCCGCGCAACAGCCGGCCUACUCGUGCAUCUGCGACAAGGGCUGGAAGGGCCAGUUCUGCGAGAUUCCAGCAUCGGUGAUGCCGGUGACGAUGCAGUCAGCGACGGUGGCGCCAAUGGGUGGCGCGUGCCGAAAGGAGCAGUCGCUGGACUACUAUGUGGAGAACGGCUGCCGAUCGCGCAAGCCGCUGCGGCUGGCGCGGUGCGAGGGCGGCGGCUGCGACGGCGGCUGCUGUCGGCCGCGCAAGAGCAAGCGACGCAAGGUGCGGCUCAUCUGCAACGACGGCACCCGCUACAUGCGCGACGUCGACAUGGUGCGCAAGUGCGGCUGCUCCAAGAAGUGCUUUUGAACGGCCCCGCCAACCCCCACCCCACCAACCCCCCCGAGGGAGCGAUCACGACCCCCGCAGUACAAACAUAAAUAAGCUUUCGAUGUGCCACACACGCCCUCUACCCCCCACCCCUCCCUCCGGCGGGGACGUUGGGGUGGCCACGCCUCCCCACCACGAAGAAAAUCUUGCCGGGGGGCGUGGCCGUGCAAAUGGCGUCCUCUCUCGGUUCAAAAGCAUUCCUCUACUGCUGCAUUAUAUAGAGUAUUAAUAUUUUUAUUUUCUUCUCGUUUUGUCGCCACUGCCCCGAAAAGACUGCGAAUUACCUUCGUCCCGAAUGAGAGGCCGCUCGAUUUUUGCAUUUUUGUUUAUUUCGUUUCGAAUUCUCAUUUUGUCCGUUCGUCCGACGCUCUGCUGAUAUUGUGAGGGAAGCAGAGUUGGAAAAAUGAUAUAUACAUAAUAAUUAUUAUACUUUGCUGCAGCUAAUCGGUGUCGUCGUUUGGUUUUCGUUGUAAAUACUCGCAACGUACUCGCUGAUAUAUUACCUCAAUACACAUUAAUUGAAUCGCGCUAUUUAACUAUAUUUACAUUUAUAUACAUACAGAAUAUAUAUUAAAUAUAUAUAUUAUACAUAGAUUAAUUAGUACGUAGCUAUUAUAUACUACUAUAUAUAUUCGAAUUAAAUCAUUAUUAAAUAAAUCAAUGUGAAUGUAACCACGUACACGACACAAUCUGUCUGCUCUAAUUAUUACUUCUCUCUUUCCGUUAUACAUUUAACAGACGCAAUUAACUCUAAAACAUUUCGAAUCUCAACCAAAACAAGCAUUUUCGUCACGUGUUUCGAUGUUUCGGUGUGUCGCCCACUCGUGUUCGGCUCACCUUCGCCCCCCAACCCCCAACCCACCCCUAGACAAUCAGAGGGGCGCCAGAUUCAAAAUCAGCGCCCCCUAUGCUUUUUCUCGCUUCUCGUAUAGAUCAUAGAGUAUUAUUUUUGCUGUGAUUAGUCUCUAUUAACCCCUUUCUUUGCGCCCCCUCGAUGGAAAUUGUAUCGAAAAUAAAUGAUAAUUAAUUGUGCUUCACUAACCGCAUUUUAUCUGUCGUCGUACUCUCUGCGCCGAACACUUUUCAAGCAAAAAAUUAAAUAAAGCAUUUUACGCCAUGUAACUUGAUCUACAAA